AUGGAAAACACUUCAUUUUUGUUUUGUUAUUGUUUCUCUUCUCAAAGGGUGGCUAUCAAAAAACGAAGGAGUCUAGGAACUUUUUCUUCCGUCUUCUUCUUCUUGGGCUGUCAAAGUAACAACCGAAGGUGGUUACUAUUUCCAGUGAACAUCAAGGAGGCAACAACCUCUUGCCCUUUCUCUUCUCCCUGUCGAUUGAAAUUGCAAAACAGUCAUGAAAUCACUGAUCCAGAAUUGCUUCUUCUUUCCUUUUUCUUCUUCACAAAUUUCUGCCAAGGUACCACCAAAGUGGUUGGUUGUUGCAUCGAGACCAAAGAGGGCAACAGCCACUUGGUUCUUUCUUGUGCACUUACCGGUCAACUGAAUCAACCCAAACCUCCACCAAAAGUGGGGAUUUUCUUGCAAUCAAGAAGACAUCAAGACCUUCACGUUGUGGUCCUUGCUUACUGUCAAACUAAGAAGUCAAACACCCCCCACCGGAACUACUAUCGCCGCCCAUUUUUCCCCUUCGUAUCUCACUGCCGAAGCAAAAAGAGAGCAGCUUCGCUGCCUCUUCUCUUCUUUUUUCUUCGGACCAACCGAGCACCGGAGGUGCUCCCCUCCUCGCUAUCUCUUAGCCACCACCAGUACAUCCCUUGGCUGCCUUCGUUCGCCAGUCACAUCUCCGGUCUGAUGAUGACGAAGAUGAGGACCGAAGUCCCUUUUGUCAGUCCUCCUCUUUACGAUUGGCCUCCUCCACCGAGCCACCUGCUGCCGCCUUCGAUUUCUUUUCCCUUCGCUCGACGGAUGAGUCGCUGA